AUGCUAAAAUGGCCUGUAGCUGAGAUGGCUCGAGCGAGGUUGGAUGAUAUUUGGGAAAAUAUCGUUGGCACUGAUAGUACGUUGCAUUUACGCGUUGAUCCCCUGAGUAAAUCGAUUAGUGGCACAUGGCAAGAGCAAUCAAAACGUUUUGAGCGUAAGCAAUACGAACGUGAUCCCUUAACUGUUUCCAAACUUCAACGUGGUGCUUGUUAUAAGGUACAAAUCUAUACUGUAACAAAAAGUGGCAUUGCUAGUGCACAGAAAUUUGAAGAACUUCUUCGAAUCAGUGCACCAAAAGUGAACAUAACAGCAAAAGAAAUAGCAAAAAGUACCGCUUCAUUUCGAGCAACUCUCGAAUCACCCGUUAUUUUCGAUCCACCGGAGUGUAGUUUGCAUAUUGUGGUGUUAGAUAUGCACAAUAUGACUAUUUAUGACCGCACUACACCUCUAACACCGGAAAUAUCACCUAUUGUUUUAGAAGGACUACGACCUUAUCAUCGUUAUACUAUAAACUCUCAAAUUAUCUGCGGUAAAGAGAAUGAUAGGAGCUGUCUGCCGAAGCUUCGAGCAAUGGAACCGGUUCUGUUCGAAACACGACAAGAUCGACCGGGACCGGUACGGAGUUUGAUGGUGCGCAUAUUGAAUCCAUACAGUGUGCAAUUAUUUUGGUUACCGCCAUCUUUACCGAAUGGCAUCAUUACGCAUUACAUCAUUGGCAUACAUCCGAUGGAGGGCAAUCAAGAAAGUGAUUGGUCAGUGAAUGUCGGUGCUGGAGCGCAUUCGUCCUUUUAUGACAGCAACAAUAAGCAGCAACCGAUUGAAGCAAUCGUGGAUAAUUUAAUUGGUGGACUGCGAUAUCGGAUGGAUGUUCGAGCUGUUACAGAAGCCGGUGAAGGUGAUUUUAGCGCAGCAUCUGAUGCUGUGCAUGCCGAAAUGCCUAUUUUACCUCCACCACGUCCUUCAUCACGCAUCGAAAUAGUGUACAAUACAAUUCAUAGCACCGAUUUAGGAAUACGAUACAGCACAUCGAUGUUCAACACAAAACACGGAUAUCUUAAAAAAUCAGCGCUAAUUGUUGCUGAAACAUGGGGUCAAGCGCGAAGAUUCGAUUUAUGGCCAGCAUAUGUAGCAAUCGAAACAGCGAUCGAACCAUUGAGAAAAUUUUUUCCACCGCAUUUUGUUUCUGAAACAUUGGGUGCGGAUGGGACAUGCGGUGAUAUCGAAGUUGAUACAAUUUGCAAUGGACCACUUAAGCCAGCAACAUCGUAUCGUUUUAAAUUACGACUUUACACGGCACCAAAUAUGUGGACUGACUCAGAAUAUUCCGAAAUUGCAACCACAAAAGCGUCACCGACACUGUUUACAUUGGGUAGUGUGACAACAGCAUUGCUGCUUCUUCUUCUUCUUGGCAUUGCUUUAUUAAUUGCAUUGUUCGCUUGGAAAAAGCACAAGAAGUCUUGUCCUCGAAUAUACGGCAGGCAACAACAUCCGUAUACUUCUUAUUCGCAACAAUUUCUUAACUCUAUCGGAGAAAGAGGAGAUAGGGAAGGAAUUGGAAUUGGUGUUUUACGACCAAAUUUUGCUUAUCCGACAUCUGCAACCAAUCAACAUAAACCUGAGCAGAAUAUUACUGGUGACGGCGAAGUUUUCUCGCACUGGGCAGCUCUCAAGAUGAUAAUGGCCGGACGAGCAGCCCAAUGUUUAGCCAAACUUGGCUUGGAUAUUACAGCUACAUCUACGGCUACUUCUAAUGCAAAUAUCUUACAUCCUCAAACAAGUGAAUCGCAAAAUACUGUUACUACAACAGAUUCAACUCCUGUAAUUUCUGCAGCAUCGAAUGAUUUGGUAACAACAUCUGGACAUCAUCGAAGGUCUCGUAGUUUACGCGAACGCACAGGUGUUGAUCAGCGUUUAGAGCGAUUACCUAGUGGACCGAUAACUUUACAGAAAUUUACACCACAUACAGUCAUUCCAGGAAGUAAUAUUGAAAAAAGUAGACCGGUACUUAUUCAUAAUUUUGCUGAACAUGUGCGACUAAUGUCAGCUGAUUCAGAUUUCCGAUUUUCUGAAGAAUACGAAGAUCUGAAAUUGGUAGGACAUGGACAAACAUGUAUUGCGGCAGAUUUAACAGUGAACCGAGCAAAAAAUCGUUUCACGAACAUAUUGCCGUACGAUCAUUCUCGUGUAAAGCUUAUACCAACUGAUGAUGACGAUGGCUCAGAUUACAUUAAUGCAUCUUACAUUCCUGGGUUCAAUUCACGUCGUGAAUUCAUCGCAGCACAGGGACCUCUUCCUUCCACACGUGAUCAUUUUUGGCGAGUUGUUUGGGAACAACAUUGCCCUGCAAUAGUUGCUCUAACAAAAUGUGUUGAAAAGGGACGUGAUAAAUGUCAUCAAUAUUGGCCUGAUAAUGAUCAGCUCAGCGUGCUUUAUGCUGACAUUGAGGUAACGUUAAUGAACGAAACGGUAUAUAAAGAGUUUACAGUUCGUGAACUUAAGCUAACAAACAUGAUCGAACCAUUGGCACCUCCUCGAACAGUAAAGCAUUUGCAUUAUAUGGCAUGGCCUGAUUUUGGUGUUCCAGAAUACGCUGCUGGCUUAGUGCAUUUUGUUCGUCUUUUCCGGACCCGACUACCACCUUCACCUAACAAUAAACCAACCAUUGUGCAUUGCAGUGCUGGUGUUGGUCGAAGUGGUACGUUCAUAGCGUUGGAUCGCCUAAUGCAAUGUGUUGCAAAAACUUUACCACUCGAUGUUUUUGGUAUUGUUUAUGAGAUGAGACUUGAUCGUUGUCAUAUGGUGCAAAAUGAGCAGCAAUACAUAUUCAUUCAUCACUGCUUGCUGUAUGUUCUGGAGGUGGAGUAUGACACGAAUACAAAUUUGAUAGGCAACAAUUUAUCGCAAGUGGGUAAUGGUGAAGAGGGGACUAUAACUUCAACUUUUCUCAGUGACAAUGUUGUUGUCAGCUUUCCAAAUAGUAUCACCAAUGACGAUGUUGGGAACAGGCUAGCUGUAGGAAUCACAGACAACGAUAUCCAAAUAAUAAGCACUAAUGGAGGUACCACAUUUAUUGGGACUGCACCACAACAUCAGCCCAAAAAUGCUACAUGGGUUACUACACCGCGCGUUGAAGUGCAUCUGAAUCCAGCAUUUGAUGAUGAUGAAGGGAUUGCUGAAUCUGGUCUGUAA